AUGAGCGGCUUUGCAUCGUCGCUUCUAAAUAGGCUCCAUGACAUCGUUUCUGGUAGUACUUCUGUUAUACAUAGCUCGAUAAAUCGUGGUGAUGGUGUAGUCCCCGGUCCUUCUGGAGUAAUGCAGGCUACGGAUAGGCGAAUAUUAGAGAAAACCUUUAGAGUCAUGGACAGUGUUGUGAAGCAAUGUCAGCAACCGAAACUAAAUCUCAAAAAUUCUCCCCCGUUCAUACUUGAUAUACUACCUGACACAUAUCAACAUCUCUCGUUAAUGUUUGCGAAAGAACCAAACUGCUUGAAAGACAACCUCUAUCUACAGCUUUUUUUAGAAAACGUUCAGGUUAAGUGUAAAAAGACUUUGAAGUUAUUCAAAGAAGGAAGAGACCAAAUUUACAACGAACGUUCGUCUGCGCGAAGGACGCUAACAAAGUUAUCACUAAUUUUUUCGCACAUGCUCGCUGAGUUGAAAGCUGAGUUUCCAGAGGGUGUCUUUAUUGGAGAAAAUUUCCGAAUCACCAAAAAAGAUGCUGAUGAGUUUUGGAAAGCAUCAUUUGGAAAUAGGACGACUGUUCACUGGCUUGAGUUCCGAACAGCACUAAACAAAGUUCACCCGUUAAAUGCUGGCCUUCAAACUUUAGCUUUGAAAUCCACUAUUGAUCUUACCGUAAAUGAAUAUAUUUCUAAUUUUGAGUUCGAUGUAUUUACACGGUUAUUUCAACCGUGGAAUACACUUAUUCGUAACUGGCAGCUUCUUGCCGUUACGCACCCAGGUUACGUCGCCUUCCUGACGUAUGAUGAGGUGAAACAGAAGUUACAGAAGUAUAUUAAUAAACCUGGAAGGUUAAGUUACGUCUUCCGCUUAAGUUGCACGAGGUUGGGGCAGUGGGCAGUUGGUUAUGUGGCUCCUGACGGAAAAAUUUACCAAACUAUUCCACAGAAUAAAUCUUUAAUACAAGCUUUAGUGGACGGCUGGAAGGAAGGCUUUUACCGGUACCCUGAUGGCAGAGAACGCAAUCCGGACUUAACUCACGCUCUGCAGUCUUGUCCUGAAGGGCAUUUGAAGGUCACUCCUGAACAGUACCAAAUUUACUGUGAAAUGGGGACAACAUUUGAAUUAUGCAAAAUUUGUGCUGAGAACAAAAAGAAUGUAAAAUUAGAACCUUGUGGUCAUUUAUUAUGCACUCCUUGUCUUCACAGCUGGCAGAAAUACAGGGACUUGCAGGAAUCUGAUGGCGGGAAUGGGGGCAACACUUGCCCGUUUUGCAGAUGUGAAAUAAAAGGCACAGAAAAAAUCAUAAUUGACGCUUACGAUCCCCGCGAGAAAAGUCCUCAAGUCGGUUACGAAGCGCUAGUGGAUAUUAGCAGUUCCGAUAAUGUGCGAAAAACGUGGCCACCUCAAGAAGCAGUCCCGCCGCGACUUCCGCCUCCUCCGGUUCCACCUAGGCGUGAAUCCCCGUCUGGUGAGAGCACACCGCCCUUGUCUCACAAGGCAAUUACUUCAUCGUCUUCAGCAAAUGCUUUGUGUUCGUUGGUUUCUAAACAAAGUGCAGCAAGACUGAGAUCGAAAAAUACACCUGACAUAAAUGAUCUUCAAGAAGUACCACGUGAAAUUGCACCAUCUGCGCUUUAUUUAAAUGUUUCAAAUGUAACUAGUUUCCCUGAGGUUGGAAGUUUACCUAUUGCACCGGAUGCUGAUUACAUCAAUACAAAUGCUACUAAUGGAUAA